GUGUUGUCAGCUGCCUCGGCAGCAGGAGUAUCUGUAGCCUUUGGUGCCCCAAUCGGUGGAGUCCUGUUCAGUCUGGAGGAGGUGAGCUACUAUUUCCCACUGAAAACUUUAUGGAGAUCAUUUUUUGCUGCUUUAGUAGCUGCAUUUGUUUUAAGGUCCAUCAAUCCUUUUGGUAAUAGCCGCCUAGUUCUUUUUUAUGUGGAAUAUCACACUCCUUGGUACCUUUUUGAACUGCUUCCUUUUAUUCUUCUGGGAGUAUUUGGUGGGCUCUGGGGAGCGUUUUUCAUCCGAGCAAACAUUGCAUGGUGUCGUCGACGCAAAUCUACGAAAUUUGGGAAGUAUCCUGUCCUGGAAGUUAUUAUUGUUGCAGCAAUAACAGCUGUCAUUGCGUUUCCUAAUCCAUAUACAAGGCUAAACACCAGUGAGCUUAUUAAAGAGCUCUUCACAGACUGUGGGCCAUUGGAAUCCUCUUCCCUCUGUGACUACAGAAACGAUAUGAACGCGAGCAAAAUAGUAGAUGAUAUUCCUGACCGUCCAGCAGGCACUGGAGUCUAUUCAGCUAUAUGGCAGUUGUGUUUAGCGCUCAUAUUUAAAAUAAUCAUGACAGUCUUCACCUUUGGUAUCAAGGUUCCGUCUGGGUUGUUCAUACCUAGCAUGGCAAUCGGAGCAAUAGCAGGAAGGAUUGUAGGAAUUGCAGUGGAGCAGCUGGCUUACUACCAUCACGACUGGUUCAUUUUCAAGGAGUGGUGUGAAGUUGGAGCUGACUGUAUCACACCUGGUCUUUAUGCCAUGGUUGGUGCUGCUGCCUGCUUAGGUGGUGUGACAAGGAUGACUGUGUCCCUGGUAGUUAUUGUCUUUGAGCUAACAGGAGGGCUGGAAUAUAUUGUGCCCCUAAUGGCCGCAGUCAUGACCAGUAAGUGGGUAGGAGAUGCCUUUGGUAGGGAAGGCAUCUACGAGGCGCACAUCCGACUGAAUGGAUAUCCUUUCUUGGAUGCAAAGGAAGAAUUUACUCACACAACACUGGCUGCUGAUGUCAUGAGACCUCGAAGAAGCGAUCCACCUUUAGCAGUUCUGACGCAGGAUAACAUGACAGUUGAAGACAUAGAAAACUUGAUCAACGAAACCAGCUAUAAUGGUUUUCCUGUUAUAAUGUCGAAAGAAUCGCAGAGACUCGUGGGCUUUGCUCUAAGAAGAGAUUUAACUAUUGCAAUAGAAAGUGCUAGGAAGAAGCAGGAAGGGAUUGUUGGCAGUUCCAGGGUCUGUUUUGCCCAGCAUACCCCGUCGCUUCCAGCAGAAAGCCCUCGACCUUUGAAGCUUAGAAGCAUACUUGAUAUGAGCCCUUUCACCGUGACAGACCACACACCAAUGGAAAUCGUGGUGGAUAUUUUCCGGAAGCUGGGUCUGAGGCAGUGCCUUGUAACACACAACGGGAUUGUCUUGGGGAUCAUCACAAAGAAGAACAUAUUAGAGCAUCUCGAGCAACUAAAGCAGCACGUCGAACCCUUGGCGCCUCCUUGGCAUUAUAACAAAAAAAGAUAUCCUCCGUCAUAUGGCCCAGACGGCAAACCAAGACCCCGCCUCAAUAAUGUUCAACUGAAACCUAUAGCUGAGGAGAGAGAGGAAACGGAAGAGGAGGUUCAUUUGUUGAAUAGCACAACACUUUAGUCUGGGGGAUGCUUCUAAAAUCAGAGACGAGAGCUGGGGUUUUUUGCGUAACAGUGCUGCUGGAAAUCGGGAGUCGGUGUGGGGGAAUCCGUGGCGAGGAGGAAGGCAGGCUGAUGGGAGCGUGGGACGGGAGAGCUGCUGCCCGCGCCGAAGGCGUCCCGAGGCGUCAGGUCUGCCGGGAUAGCGCGGCGGGCGAGCCCUGCGAGGUGGUGCGAUCCUCCAGCCCCAGCCUGGUCCUUCAGCAUUGAAGAGGUCUGUCACUAGUCCCUGCUCCUGGAGGGAUCGCUCCCAAUUGAGCCAUCUCAACGGAGACUCAAAGGUCUUGCCCUUUUUACCAUGGAAAACCGUUGUGUUAACUCAUGAAACGUAUUAAUUGUCACACAUCACCUUUCUACAUUCCAGAAGAGCUUUAUUUCUCUCUCUCCUGAGCCGUAACAAAGCCUCUUGAAAAUUGGUGUGCCCUUUUGAAGCAGUUGUUUCUCAUAUUGAGAUGUUGCUGUGAGUUACUGAGGUCCGGUCACAAGAAGGGAGGUUUUUCUUGUGCCAUUAACCGUGUGAGUUUGUACAUCACGAAACGCUCGGGGCGGGACAGAUCCGCCGCGACAAAACCAGAUUGAACAGGUAAUAACCUUGCGAGAACCGUGCGAGACUUCCUUCAACCC